UUGAAUAAAAAAUUUGAUGUUUUAAUUCCAAUGCGUGCUGCAGUCUGUCAAUAAAAUUCUAUACUAAUUAAAUGCGGCUCAUUAACCUCCAAAAAAUUUAAUCAAAAUAAAAACACAUCCUCUGCUGUUCUAUCAAUAGCCAGAUAAUUAAAUCAUCUCAACUGUCAGUCAUCUUGAAUCACAUGCACGGAAUUAUUCCUCCAUCGCCAUCGUUAUUUUUUUUAUUUUGCGCUCGUGAUAUUUAUUACCCAAUCCGGUGAAAUAUAAAUUUUUCUUUUAGUUAAAUAUUUAAAUUAAAUAAAUUACAAUGAGUGCUGGUGUAAAGUCAACGGAAGUGGAUUGUGAUGAUCCUAAAUACCGUAUAAAACCUUAUCAACAAAUGAUUGCAUCAUGUACUGGUGCACUUGUUACUUCAGUAUUUGUUACACCGUUGGAUGUCGUCAAAACACGAUUGCAAGCUCAACAAAAAGCCAUGUUAUCAAAUAAAUGUUUUGUGUACUGCAAUGGGUUGAUGGAUCAUCUGUGUCCGUGCAAUGGAAAGUUGCCAGCUUGGAUGAGAGAAAAUGGAAAAUUUACUGGAACAAUUGACGCGCUGGUUAAAAUUUCAAAACGGGAAGGAUUUUUUUCACUGUGGAGUGGACUGAGUCCGACUCUCGUCCUCGCUGUACCUGCGACUGUUGUAUAUUUUGUGUCUUACGAGCAAUUACGAUUGAACCUAAAGGAUUAUUAUAAUAGAAAUUUUAAUAAAGAUGCUUUGCAUAAAGAACAGCCUUUUUGGAUACCGAUUCUGGCGGGAGGCACAGCUAGAAUUUGGGCUGCGACGUUGGUUAGUCCAUUGGAACUCAUUAGGACUAAGAUGCAAUCUCAGAAAUUAAGUUAUAGAGAAAUCGGGGAAGGAUUAAAAACAGUUGUCAAAUAUGGCGGAGUAUCAGGACUAUGGAUGGGUUUGAGCUCAACUUUAUUCCGUGACGUACCAUUUAGUGCUAUUUAUUGGUGUAAUUAUGAAGCUAUCAAAAAAAUUAUCCCACCUACACAACAUACGUUUUCCUUUAAUUUUAUGGCUGGCGCAUUAGCUGGUUCCAUCGCAGCAUUUUUGACGAUUCCUUUUGAUGUUGUUAAGACUCACCAGCAAAUUGAAAUGGGAGAAAAAAGAAUUUAUACUGAAAAACCAGGAAGUAAUAAUAAAAGCAGCUUUACAAAUAUUGUUAAAAGAAUUUAUAGUCAAAAUGGAAUCCAGGGUCUUUUUACUGGACUAACACCACGAAUUAUCAAAGUAGCACCAGCUUGUGCCAUAAUGAUUGCUAGCUUUGAACAUGGAAAACGUUUCUUUUCACAAUACAACCGCGCUUUAGCUUACGAACAAGAGCUUAAACUAAAUAAUAUAAAUAUAUUAGAAUAAUAAUAAAUAAAAAUAUGUAGAGUAUAUUUUAGGCUAAUGACUUUGUGUAUAAAUAAUAUAAUAAAUAUUUCAUAUUCUAUUAAUUAAAUCACUGAGAUCAAUUUUUAAAAGUUUAAAUUUUCCCGCUAAAUUUUUUAAUUCAAAAUGGCGGGUCGUGAGCUGUCAGAUAAAUUGGUUUUUGCUCGUUAAAAAUCACCCCCCAAUAAAAUUGUUAUAAACAAAUAAUAAUUUGUGUUAAAUAGUUAAUUUAAUAAUUAGAUAAUUUAAUUAAAUUAAUAAAAUAUAUUUGAAAUUUAUUUAGCAAAUAAAUUUUGAAAUUUCGCUGAUUGAAACAAGAAAUGCAGACGUCAUAACCUUAAAUCAAGUGAUACAUCUGUUUUAAUU